UUAUAAUCCAACCCCGUCCACCAGAGAACACCAGUGCCAUCACCGGACCGCAACAGAGAACAAUCCACUCGUCCAGGAUCGUAAACACGUUGUACGACGCUUUUGUAUUCCGUGCAUCAUGAAGACCGUGCCCAAGGGAAGCACACACCUGCCUGGCCCCCGUAUGGAUCGGGAGGUCGCCGCCCAGAGACCCAACACCUUCACGAUAGACUGGAUCCUGGCGCACUCCGUUCAGGGGAAAACUGCAGACACCGAUGCCCAGGAAACAGUGUCGGACGGUCCUAUUUGCUUAUCCACGAGCGCACGACCAUCCCUGUCGAGAGAGCGAGGCCUCCCCGUCCCCUCCUCGGCUGGAAACAGCAGGGCGCAGCCGACAGCCACCUGCUCGUCCCCCCGCCGACCUGUUCCUGCGGACGACCGUGUCAAACGAGCGGGACGCAAGGGGGAAGACCGGAGGGAGUCCACACGUUCACCCUCGCCGGUGAACCUGUCCAGCCCGGCGUCGGAGGAGGAGCGGUCCGAGGCAGCGGCGUCGUCGGGGAAGAUGUGCCGGCCCCGCCGUAACAGGACCACCUUCACGACGUUCCAAAUCCACGAGCUGGAGCUGGCCUACGACAGGACGCCCUACCCCGACCUCAGCAUGCGCGAGGAACUCGCUAACAAACUGGAGCUGACGGAGGCCAGAAUUCAGGUUUGGUUCCAGAACCGCCGUGCCAAGACCCGUCGUCAGGAGAAGUCCGCCGGCUACCCGCCCGACUCCGUCAGCCCUCCUCCGGACUACUUCGGCGGCCUGUCUCCCGACCCCCGCCCGUCCGCCGGCUCCCUCUCUCCGCCGCACGACCCGAUCUCCGCCCCGGACCCGCGGGAAGCCUUCCUCCGGGAGCCGUCGUACCUCCACCCGGGCCUGUGCCUCCCCACCACGCGGCCCAGAGCCGCGCCCGGCAGCCCGUCCUUCCCGUUUUUUACCUUCCCACGGAGCCACAAAGCGUUGGGUUACUCCACAAACUACGCCUACCUCCCCUUCCCCUUUCCUAUGGCUAUAGACGCCAAGGGCAGACAGAUCUUCUCGAGCUCAUCAUAGAGACCCUGUAAGCCGAGAGAGACUGUAAAAGAUUCUUGUAAAUAUCACAUAUCGUGUCAAAUGAUAUUUUGUUAAAUGUUUGUGUAUGUAAUUAGAGAUUUUAAAGUUUUGUUGACAAGCUCCUCUUGUGUGUAUAGAUUUUUAUGUAAGAGAAAUUUAAAAAAAAACGACAAUCCCACUCCCUUCGGAGAGGUUAUAUUAUGCUGGACAAUCAUAGUUCUUUAUAAUAAUCUGUAUUUGUUUGUGGAAAAAGAAGUGAAUGUAAAAACUGCACUUGUAAUGUUUUAUCAACGGAAGGGAAUUGACAGAAUUAUUCAAUUUGAAUAUGCAUAUAUUCACGUACACAUAUUUGUUUUUGGCUACUUCAUUUUACAUGUUAUUGCACUGGAAGCAGAAUAAACCACGUGUGA